AUGAACCCGCCGCUGCUCUCACGCAACAGGGAUUCUAAUACAGCGACUGAAGCUCCCCUUUGCGCGAUAUGUUCCGCACAGCUGACCUUGGAUGAGGCCAAUUCCGGUGGUGCCCUGAAGAACGAAGAUGGCGUAUCGGUGCUAUACUUCCCACAUGCAGACUCACUCAGGUCCAGUGAGGACUGGAGUGUGACGCUGCCUAAUCUGCCGGAACUCUCCGAUUCCUUUGCAUGCAAGUUCUGUCUUGCGCUGAAAAGAUCGCUGCUAGAUCGCUACGGUGACUACCUCUGGUGGAAAGAACCCUCUCCGCCUCUAAAAAUCGAGGGGAGAUAUCAAUGGUACUCGCCUCCAGAGACGCGGAGAACGGAUAAGGGACCACAUUUCCGACUAAGUGCGUUGGCUAUAACUUACAGCCACCCCGAAAUGGAAAACACUUAUGGUCAAAAAGUACCGGAUAAGUUUCCAGUCAUGGCAGAACCUGGACACUGGCAGGAUGAAAGGUUUCAUGGCAGUUUGCAAUGGACUAUUGUGCCAGAGAUCAAAGCUUCCUUCCGCAACAUGAUCAAGGGUCUACAUGACCCUGAAAAAUACUGCGCGCCGUCAUGGAGCUGGGCGUCAAGGAAUCAAGGCCGGCUUAUCAUGCUGCCCAUUGGGACCGAACUGAAUGGAACAGAGGCGGACUUCGAGUUCGUAUCAAACAAUCUGGUUGCUGCGAAGUCAAACGUCCGAGUUAGAACGAGACCAGGCUCGUCUAUCACGCUCCGGGGAAGGGUCCGCCCCUUCGCUUAUCCUCCAACUGAGAGCACUAAGCGCUAUGAUAGACUCGGAUAUAUACCCCGCUCUGCGGAGUGGGAAGUUUCUGUUCCGGGAGGUAGGAUUUAUCAUUACCUGGGUUGGAACCCCUUGCUGGACGAUACCUCAUGGGAGGAACUCAGGCCAUCUCUGCGGCUUUUCCUUUUGACCAAUGUCGGUAUGGGGCUCGUAUUGUUAUCAGAAUUAAAAUACGAGCCUGGGUUUCGGCGAGUGGGCGUGUUCCUAUUCGUGUCCUCGAACAAAUGCAUGAAUGGUGCAAAUUGGUUUCCACAUUACUUUAUGUCCGAUAACUUGAGAUUUGACUUUCUUCAAACUGGCUGGAACGUGGAAGAUGUGGUCCUUUACUAA